UCGGCUUUUCCCCCAUUUUCCCCCUUUCUGCUUUCGAAUCGGGAUCAGAGCGAAACCCAAAGUCAACGACAUCACUCCCUCUAACAGCAAAUCCGACCCCUACCCUCCUCUCCCUUUUUGCUCCCUGUCUUGCAGGUCUUGUCUCAAUCACGGGCGUCUUAUCUUUCUACCUUUUCAGUUUCGAUUCUCGCUCCGGUUCGCAUGUGUGAGUGUGUGGUUGCGCACUGGUGGGGUUGAUAAAUUCCCUUCAACAACCGGGGAGAGGAGGAGGAGGAGGAGGACAGAGAGAGAGAGAGAGAGAGAGGAGGGGGAAGGAGAUGGACGUGCGUUCGAGGAGAGGCAGAGAGAUGAGCCCGAACAGAGCCAGGGCUUCCGUGCGUCCGAGAGAACAGCGACCGCAGGUCAGGAAAGUUCAGGUCGUGUACUACCUCACCCGGAAUGGCCUCCUCGAGCACCCUCACUUCAUGGAGGUCUCUUCUUGCCGAUCACCAGCUUCGUCUGAGAGAUGUGAUGGAGCGGUUGACUGCACUUAGAGGCAAAGGAAUGCCCUCGAUGUAUUCUUGGUCUUCCAAAAGGACCUACAAGAACGGCUAUGUCUGGAACGACCUGUCGGAGAAUGAAGUCAUCUACCCGGCGGAGGGAGCCGAGUACGUGCUCAAAGGGUCAGAGAUCAUCGACAGCGGCGGACUCGUCGGCAGAGAACCGGUUCUCGUCCAUUCGAAGCGGUUCGCGGCGGCCAGGACGGCCCGGAACGAAGAACAGGAGCUGCGCUGCUCGCGGUACGACGAGAGGGUCGGGUUCGAGGUCGACGCGGAGGAGGAGGAAGAGUGCGAGCUGGCCGACGAAGAGAAGGCGAGCUACACGAGCUCCACCACGCCGGGCUCUCGCUGCUCGCGAGGCGUCUCGACCGACGAGCUCGACGAAGAGGGCGGCGGCGGCGACGGCGCCGACAAGCUCCCUCGUGACACAGACGACCCGGGCUCGCCUCCGGCUCCGACCUCCUCCGCCGUCGCUAAACCCGCCGGAAAGGGCGGCGAGGGGUGCGGCAACGGCAACGGCAACGCCGUGGCGAUUCGUUUCGAGGACGGAGACCCGGGGGCGCCGAGUAGGAGUAACUCGGUGCUCCUCCAGCUCAUCGCGUGCGGCGGCGGCGGCGGCAACUCGGCCGUUCCCAAGACGAAGGCCGCACCGCCUGGCGUCGCCAAAAGCGGCGGCAAGGACCUCCACAGGGGAGUGCUGCGCAAGACCGCCGCGAAGGCGGCGGCGGAAGCCGAGGGGGACGACGACGAGAGGCGGCGGCGGCGGAUGAUACGGUGCAUGUCGGAGAACCCGCGGUUCGGGAACGCGCAGAGCGAGGAGAAGGAGUACUUCAGCGGGAGCAUCGUGGAGUCGAUGAGCGGGGACCGAGUCGGGCCGGGUCGACUCAAGAAGUCCAGCUCAUUUAAUGAGGAAAGGAGCUCCAAGACGGAGUUGGGAGAUGCUGCGGUGGAGGAGAGAAGAGGGAGAAGUCAUCAUCGGCAAAAGGCAAAUGCAUUCCUCGGAAGAUGUCGAUGGCGGCGUCGAGGAGCAGUAGAAAACUGCUGUAGUUAUUGCUGCUCUAUUUACCAUCUAAUCACAGUUUUUUAAUUGGAAGAGGUUGUCGGUAAUUCAGUAAUGAUGUUUAGUGGUGCUUGAUGGGUGAAGAACCCAAUGCAUAUCUUUGGAUGCUUGAUGAUAAUGAUUAAGCAUGGUGGAAGGGACUUUACUUCGGACA